GACUGGGCCGGCCAGCAGCGCUCGCGGCACCAGCCCGCAGCCCGCAGCCCACCAGACGUAGUGUGCUCGCGAUAGAUGGCAUUCAGGUCGGACGACGUUACCGAGCGGACGCGCGUUCUCAUAUUUCGAGCGCGCCCACCUCGAUCGUUCAAACAUUUCUAACGAAACUUUUUUGUUGCACAGUUUUUAUUUAGCUUUUACUGUUAGACUGCUACGCGGGUGCUAGUACUAAGAUAAUAUUAAAAGUCCACAUUUAAAAGCUUACGUGUUCUCCUUUCUCUGUUGUGGUUGACAUAAAUUGAAUUUUGUUACCAAGUGACGUAUAAACACUGUGCCGGUGAUAACGGAGAAUGAUGUGAAUAGUGUUGUGUUUAUGUUUGUGAUGUGCAGUUUAGUGUAGACGUGGGUUGUUUACAAUGGGGUACGCGUCGAGCGGAGCGGGGCGCGCUGCCCACGAGGCGCUGCUGGCCCGCCAGGAUGCCGAGCUGAGGCUCAUGGAGACCAUGAAGCGAAGCCUCCAGGCCAAGAUGAAGAGCGACCGCGAGUACGCCCUCGCCCUGUCCGCGGCUGCAGCACAAGGCCAGAAGAUGGACAAGUGUGAAGAACUUAACGGGUCUGUGAUAGCAUCUGCCUGGCGGGCCAUGACCGAAGAAUGGGAGAAUAUCAGCCGCCUUAUCAGGGCUAAUGCUGAGGCUCUAGAAUCUAAAGCCCUAGACAGACUUACUACCCUCAUGACAGAACGACGAAAGUCAAGGAAAGUCUAUCAAGAAGAUCACACAAAAAUCUCUUCGCAGUUCACACAGCUGUCUGAGGAGGUCCAGAGGAAGCAGAGCGAGUACCAAAAAUGCCUCGAGUCUUACAAGCAGAUGAGGGCCAAGUUCGAGGAGAACUACCUCAAAUGUCCCACAAGCCGAGGCGGUCGCAAGCUGGAUGAGACGCGUGACAAAUACGGCAAGGCCUGCAGACGGUUACACAGGGCACACAAUGAGUAUGUCCUCCUGUUGGCUGAGGCUACGGAGUGCGAGAGGGCACUGCGAACCGCUGCAUUACCAACGCUGUUGGACCAGCAACGCCGGCAGGGAGAGGCUACUGCUACGUCUUGGAAAGGCGUGCUCUUAGAGGUGGUGCAGAGGUCAGACUUCAGCACGGACAAGUUCAGAGAGAUCCAGACCAAAAUAGAGACCACGAUACAGAACCUGAGGCCACAGGACGAAUACAAGGAGUUUAUCGAGAAGUACAAAUCACCACCAUCAACACCAGUCACAUUUAACUUCGACGAAAGCCUAGUCGAAGACACGAGUGGGAAGCUGCAACCAAACCAGUUGACUGUCGACAACCUGACGGUGGAAUGGCUGAAGGAGAAGUUGACUGAGCUGGAGAACACGCUACAGGACAACCGGGAGAAGCAGUCGGCUCUCCAGGGUCCUGAGAUCAUAGGGAACGGAGUCUGCAAGAACAAUAAUACUGGACUUACCAAUGGAGUUAAUGGUAUUGAUAGGCAUUCCCCGCCACCCCUGCCAGUGACAACCUCAGAGCCAAUAAAACUCCUGGAGCUCCGUGUAGCGGAGCGCAAAUGUGCCAAACAAGCAGAGAUGAUCAGGUCAGCCCUGGCUGAACUGGGCUGUGAAGAAGCGCCAAGUGGAUGUCCAGAUCUAUCUGCUGAAACUGUGGGCGUUGACAGCCUGGACGGCAGCUCUCCUGACCACCAGGAUCGCUCCUCAAUCGGAUCUAAGGCGUCGACAGACGUUCUAAGAUUGCACCUCCACUCAAUAAUACCACCGAGACCCUUCUUCAAACUAUUCACACGGCCGUUCCGGCGCAAAUCUGCGCCUUCCAGCCCGGCCCUACCGCCCAAGACGUAUAGAAGCAGCAGUGAGGGCCCUGCUGACUCGGUGAGUGUGAGCGAGACAGAGAGAUCCUUGGUGGAGCAGGAGUGGUUCCAUGGAGUGUUACCACGAGAGGAGGUUGUGAGGCUUUUGAGGGCAGAUGGAGACUAUUUGGUGCGGGAGACUACGAGGAACCAUGCGAGGCAACUGGUGCUGUCUGUGUGUUGGGGACAACACAAACACUUCAUUGUACAGACGACCCCUGAGGGCCACUACCGUUUCGAAGGAGCAGCGUUCCCGUCAGUAGCUGAGCUGAUAGCGUGGCAGCGGACCAGUGGAGUACCCGUGACUGCUCGAUCGGGGGCUCUACUGCGACGCGCUGUGCCACGAGAGAACUGGGAGCUGAACAAUGACGAUGUACAACUACUGGACAAGAUUGGACGAGGUAACUUCGGGGACGUGUACAAGGCUCGGCUGAAGAGCACCAAUCAGGAGGUAGCAGUAAAGACCUGCAGAGUAGCGUUACCAGACGAGCAGAAACGGACCUUUUUGCAGGAAGGUCGCAUUCUCAAGCAGUACCAGCAUCCGAACAUUGUGCGGCUCAUUGGCAUUGCUGUGCAGAAGCAGCCCAUCAUGAUCGUCAUGGAACUUGUGCCUGGUGGUUCCCUCCUCACAUUCCUUCGUACGCGAGCAUCGUCUUUGAGUUCCCGGUCACUCCUGGCGAUGUGUCGAGACGCUGCCGGUGGCAUGCGCUACCUGGAGUCCAAGAACUGCAUCCAUCGGGACCUUGCAGCCAGGAACUGUCUCGUGGGAGACGACAACAUCGUCAAGAUAUCUGACUUCGGCAUGUCGAGAGAGGAGGAGGAAUAUAUCGUGUCGGGAGGCAUGAAGCAGAUUCCUAUCAAGUGGACGGCACCAGAGGCACUUAAUUUUGGUAAAUACACAUCGUUAUGUGACGUGUGGAGCUACGGCGUGCUGAUGUGGGAGAUAUUCUCCAAGGGAGACACUCCAUACGCAGGCAUGAGCAACUCACGAGCACGCGAGAAAAUUGAUACAGGUUACAGAAUGCCAGCGCCCGAAGGCUGUUCCGAAGACGUAUACGCUUUAAUGCUACGCUGCUGGGAAUACGAGGCAGAGAAGCGGCCACACUUCCAUCAGAUAUACACGAUCAUAGACAAUAUUUACAAUAGGUAACACUGUAGGGGUCAUUUCCUGUGUUAAAUAUGCGACAUCUUGUUCUUCCACCCUGGGUCUCCUCUCGAAGCCAGUAGAAAUGUUUGAUGAACUAAAACUGCGUCUAUUCUAUCGCUGAUAAGGUGUCUUUGCAUAAGAAUAGUCCGUCAGCCAUACAACGCAUUUAUUUCGAAAGUCGGCGACAAAACGGUUUCAAAAAUAAGUGCCUAUCUAAGAGGAAAGGACACAUUAUUAUGAAAAAUCUUCGAAGCUAAACUUAAUAAUUUGAAAAUAACGGCUAUUGAACGAAAACUUGAGUCUACUCUGCCUAGUUUAUAACCAGGGUUGCGACAUUAAAAAUAUAAUUUUGUAAACAUUCAUUAAUAAAAAUAAAUAAUUAUCUGUGUAAAAUAAAUAUAGCUACUUUACUCAUUUUUCCAUUAUACAAUAAGCAACUGAAUUCUGUAUUGUCUGUUUAAGUUUUGUUAUAUACUUAUUUUAUGUGUUAAAUAAUAAAAUUGUACUUGUAUGUAGUGACUAUAUCUUUUGUAUUAUAAAUGGAUGUGUUGCGAUACAUAUUUAAAAGAAACAACAGGGGCUGUGGUUAUCAAACAUUUUUUUCUUAAAUAAGUAUUCAAAUGGCAGCAUAAACUAUAUUUGGUAGCUAUUGAAAUGUGUUUUAAAACGAAUAUCCUUGUAUAAAAUGUGAAUUACAUGUCCAACGAGGAUAUUCUGUAAUUAUCAAUUGGAAGUCAGCUCGAUCGCUGUCCGUCAUGUCCUUGGUUGUGACAAUAAUCGACUCGACCAAUGACGGGUGAAAAUGCGAUCGAGUUCACUUUAACGUUUCGAAUUGACAAUAUUACAGAAUAGCUUUACAGUUUCUGAGUCUUUACCUACUUAAGAAUGUAAUGUCGAUCUUAUAUUUAGCUUUUAUAUACCUACUUAUUACUAAAUUAUAUUCAUUUACCUUCUAGUCUAGAAUAAUACAAUUGUAAGGAAUAAUGUGGAUUAACCUUGAACUUCAAAAAUACAUAGGUAAAUGUUCUGAAGUAAAGACUUAAUUAGAAUCGCCGCCCUCUGUUGUUUCUUCUAGUAUGCCUACUUAUAAGCGCUAGACAGUGUUCUUUAUAAGUAAUCGAAGUGUUGAUCUCUUACGAAUGGUACUUUAGCGAUAGAUGGAAAUAAUAGUAUCUAAGUACAACAUAUUAUAUCAGUUCUGACUGACAUAUGUACGUAUAUUUUGUAUUCAAGUACAAUGUUAAGUAUAAUUUAGUUUAUGUAUAUGAAACAAUAUUUGUAUUUGUAAAGUAUAGCAUCAAAUGUUAGAUAUAGUUUAGAUAUAAUAUUAAGAUACAGAAUAAAACCUUUUUGAAAUGAGCCUACCGUCCUGGGCAACUUAUUUUAUAUAUAUCUACGUAUUACAUAGAUUUCUAACAAUGUAACUUGAGUAUAAUAGUAAAGUUAUAGCAAUGAAUAAAGUCAUAUAUUUUAUAAAUUUCAGUAUAUAAUAUAAACAGUAUAAAAAGAAAAUAUUAUCCUUCCUUAGGGCUUCCAAUACUUUCUGAAGAUUUUAUAAUGAAAUAUUUAAGUAGUUUUUUUAAUUAAGAUAGAUGUAAUUAUAACUAGUGGCAAUAAAGGACAUGUUUGUGAUAUCUUUAAUGCUUCCACAGAUAGUGUAACAGUGUAUCUAAUAUAAGUAUUGUAACGUAUAUCUUCUUGCCUAGUAUAAUUGCAUGUUAUGAUUAAUUGAUAUUUUAACACAAAGUGAGAUAAAUGUAUAGGCAGUCUAGUAUUUUAAUUGAACACUAUACUAUAUUAAAACUAUGUAAAUAUAUUUCGUACAACAUUAAAGUGCCAGACAUUUUGGAA